UUCCGAAGCGGGCUCUAUCUCCCUCAUUUCUCCCUUCCUCCUCCUUCGAUCGCUUGCGAGAAAAAAGGAAAAAAAUUAGAGGAAAAAAUUAGAACGUUAGAGAAGAGAGAGGGAAAAAAAAUCUAAUUUUCUCUUUGCAAGCCCUGAGAUCUCUAAUUCUUCUCGUAUCAGAGAAAUUUUCUAUAAAUUGAGAUAUGGAAAGCUCAGAAGAGGCGAAAUCAUGCAAUCAGAAAGAGUGCGUGAAGGUUGCGGUCAAUAUUAGACCGUUGAUUACUUCGGAGCUUCUGAUGGGAUGUACAGAUUGUGUAACUGUUGUCCCCGGAGAGCCUCAGGUACAAAUUGGUUCCCAUGCUUUCACAUAUGAUCAUGUUUAUGGCCACUUAAGCUCUCCAUCUUCAUUGAUAUUUGAUGAAUGCGUAGCACCCCUUGUUGAUGCACUCUUCCUUGGCUAUAAUGCUACCGUUCUUGCCUAUGGCCAGACUGGUUCUGGUAAAACUUACACAAUGGGAACCAAUUACAAUGGAGAGGAUCUUAACGGAGGUGUUAUACCUCAAGUGAUGGAUACAAUUUUUAAAAAAGUUGACACACUGAAGGAGAAAGCAGAGUUUUUAAUUAGAGUUUCAUUUAUUGAGAUAUUUAAGGAAGAAGUUUUUGAUUUGUUAGACCCUCAUUCUAAUGCUGCUUCGAGAGCUGAGGGUGCACCUUGUCAUGCCAAGCAAACAAUUCCUUCUAGAGCUCCCAUCCAGAUUAGGGAAACAACAAAUGGCGGUAUCAGCCUUGCUGGUGUCAUGGAAGCAGAAGUCAGAUCUAAGGAAGAGAUGGCAUCAUAUUUGACUCGAGGGUCACUUGCUCGUGCUACAGGAAGUACCAACAUGAAUAGUCAGUCAAGUCGCUCACAUGCUAUAUUUACAAUAUGUCUGGAGCAAAAGAAAAUUGCCAGUAGCCUGUGCAAUGGAGCAACCAAAGAUGAGUUUGGUGAGGACAUCCUAUCUGCAAAGCUUCAUUUAGUUGAUCUCGCUGGUUCAGAACGUGCAAAACGAACUGGAGCUGAUGGGUUGCGGUUCAAAGAAGGUGUACAUAUAAAUAGGGGUUUGCUUGCUCUUGGCAAUGUAAUUAGUGCAUUGGGUGAUGAGAAGAAGCGGAAGGAGGGAGGUCAUGUCCCAUAUCGUGACAGCAAGCUAACUCGGCUUUUGCAGGAUUCCCUUGGGGGCAAUAGCAAAACUGUUAUGAUCGCUUGCAUAAGCCCUGCUGAUACUAAUGCUGAAGAGACUAUAAAUACACUCAAGUAUGCCAACAGGGCUCGGAAUAUACAGAACAAAGCAGUGAUAAAUCGUGAUCCUAUGACGGCUGAAAUGCAAAGAAUGCGCAAUCAACUGGAAGAGUUACAAGCUGAACUUCUUUUCUCUCGUGGUGGAGGAGCAUCUUUUGAGGAGCUUCAGGUUCUCCGCCACAAAGUUUCUUUACUCGAGGCUUCCAAUGUCGAGCUACGUAAAGAGCUGAAAGAACGCCAAAUAACUUGCGACCAUUUAGCACAACGUGCUAUUGAAGUUCAGGUUGAAAAAGACAAGCUUAGCUUGAUGAUGGAAUCAGCUCGCAGUGGAAAACCAUGGGAUGAAAUUGAUAAUACAGAUAAGAUGCAGGAAUAUGAUCUGUUGAAGAGUUAUGUCUCGAAAAUCCAUGAGUUGGAGGUGGAAUUGAUGCAGCUCCGCACCUUCGCUACUCCAAAAGCUGAUACUGAUUGCCAGGUUUUGGAUAAAGAUCUAUUUCCAUCAAAUUUGGAUGAUUUAGGAUUCAGUUCGGAUGGCAACACAUUAGAUGAGUCGAGUGAGGCUGAAGAAGAUGAAAAGGAAAGAGAACAUUCCUCUAUCCAGGUUAGGUUGGAUAAAGAGCUUCAGGAAUUGGAUAAACGGCUUGAACAGAAAGAGGCUGAAAUGAAAAGGUUUGCGAAGGUUGAUACAUCUGUACUGAAGCAACACUAUGAGAGGAAGUUAUUGGAACUGGAACAUGAAAAGAAAGUUUUACAGAAAGAGAUUGAGGAUCUUCACUCGAAGUUAUCCAACAUAUCAUCUGCGUCUGAUGGCGGUGCACAAAAGCUGAAGGAAGAUUAUCUUCAGAAGUUGAACAUGCUUGAAGCACAGGUUUCUGAGUUGAAAAAGAAGCAGGAAACUCAGUCACAGUUACUGAGGCAAAAACAGAAGAGUGAUGAUGCAGCUAAACGCUUACAGGAAGAAAUCCAGAGAAUUAAAUCUCAGAAGGUUCAAUUGCAGCAUAAAAUUAAGCAAGAAUCUGAGCAAUUCAGGUCAUGGAAAGCUUCACGAGAAAAGGAAGUUCUGCAGCUUAAGAAAGAGGGACGGAGAAAUGAGUAUGAGAUGCAUAAGCUGUUGGCUUUGAACCAGAGGCAGAAGAUGGUUUUGCAGCGGAAAACCGAAGAAGCUACAUUGGCUACCAAAAGGCUGAAGGAGUUGUUAGAAGCAAAGAGAAGUUCAUCUCGUGAAAUGUUUGGUUCUGGAAACGCAAAUGGUCCUGGAAUUCAGGCUCUGAUGCAAGCCAUUGAGCAUGAACUUGAAGUUACAUUGCGAGUGCAUGAAGUGCGUUCAGAGUAUGAGCGUCAAUUGCAAGAGAGGGCUAAAAUGGCUAAGGAGGUUGCAAAACUGAAGGAAGAAUCAGAAACAUUUAAGCAGAAGGUUAUGAGUGACACUCCUCAAGCUAUGUCUCCAAGUGCGAGAAAUUCAAGAAUUGUUGCCUUGGAAAAUAUGCUGGCUACUUCAUCUAGUUCCCUUGUAUCUAUGGCAUCACAAUUAUCAGAAGCUGAGGAGCGUGAGCGUGUAUUUGGUGGGCGUGGUCGUUGGAAUCAAGUCCGUUCAAUUGUAGAAGCAAAAAAUUUGAUGAAUUAUUUGUUCAACCUAGCUUCCUCUUCAAGGUGUCAGUUGCGAGAUAAGGAGGUAACUUGUAGAGAAAAAGACUCCUUUAUUAGCGAGUUGAAGGAGAAGGUGGUCAGACUUAAUGGUUCCCUUAGGCAGUUGGAAGCCAAACUAGCAGAAAGAGAUCAGGAAUUGAAGAGACUAGCUUCUAAGAAAUUUAUAGAGGAUGCUGGAAGUUUGGCCACGAUUUCAAGCACUACUGAUGAUCGUCAUUCAAAUGCAUUGUGCAAGGCUCCAAGAACCUCCCAAUCCUUCAAUCAAGUUAGAAAUGAUGUAGAGUGGGUAGAUGAUAUGGACACCUCGGAUUCAGAUCAGUCGGAGGAUGUGGAUGAUGAAGAUGAUGAGGACUGGGUAGAGUCUGCGAAGAAAUUUGCAAAGCGAAGAUCAAAAUCGAUAACUCCCUUUGUGAAGUCCAAUGCAGAAGUUCAUCAAGAACCUAAAAUUUUGAAAAUGGAAACACCGAAUGUUGAAGAUGAGUCUAAUGUUACAAGGAACAAUUCCGAAGUGUGUUGUUCUUGUUCUAGGCUUUCAUCUUGCAAAACAAAGAAGUGUCAGUGCCGGGCUGCAGGUGGUGUUUGUGGUUCUUCUUGUGGAUGUGUAUCUUCGAAGUGUGCAAAUAGAGAAGGUGGAUUUAUUAACAAGAUGACAGAUGAUACUGAGUUGUCAGAAGGGGGUGGGAGCAGUUCUUCUUUUGAUAAUGAUGAAGAUGUGAAGAAUAAAGAACUUAUCUCUCAAGGCACGAUGCUGCUUCAGAAUGCAUUGAGUGAGAGGCCUACUGUGAUAAAUGAAGAUGAACAUAACAAUAUUGCGCAUCGAAGGAAACCUUUAUCUGAUAUUGGGAAUACUGUGAAAAAACCGAAUGCACCUAAGCCUCGGAGGAAGAAUUGGCGCAAGUCAGCCAUUCAACUUGUUCCAACUGCAGAGCCACAGGUUGUAGCCUCAGUUCAGCACAAUGAAGCUCCGAGGACCAGAGAAGAUGUCCCUUUGAGGUUACCUCGAGCAAUGGAUUCUACACACUUGGAACAAAAUCCUCCUUUUGGAGAUAGGAAUUCCAUUGGGUCAGAGGAAUCUGUGGCCAGUAACAAAGAUAGCCGAGGGAUAGCACCUCCAAGGCCCCCUGUUCCAUUGAGGAAGGCCUCAGAUGAGAAAGAAAACCAUAUCGCAUAAUAUUCCUUUAUCCAGUUACUGACAUAGGUUUUUGGUUAAUAGCAGCCAGUCCUUUUGGUCAAAGUAUCUUUGAUGGUAACAGAACUGGCUGUAGGUGUAUUUCAGGGAAGGUGCCGUCAUGCUGACAA